AUGAAGCUCCUCCCAACUCUUUUAGCAUCUUCCUAUGGCAUGGAACGGGGCCUCAGCCCGCUCCAGGCCAUCAUGCACGCUCAUCGCCGAGUUCGAAACGGUUUCACCAUUCCUGUUAUGGACGAAAUCUCAGCUGAAAACGAACGAAUCUUGAACCAGGUUUUCAACGAACGAUCUACAGAGCCACUGGAUGUCAUGGUCGAGCGAGCUGUCAAUGUCACCGAGAGCUUCGAGCGACAAGGAAAUUGUGGUUCUUCUUUUCCGUCUUUGGAUGGGUCUUGCAAUGCUAGUAAUGAUAAGGGAAGAUCUAUGAAAGCAUACACUCGACUUGUCUCUGCCAACUACUGUAACGGCCGUGACUCUCCUCGAUGCGCCUCAAACGGGGGUCAGCUUCCAUCCGAGCGGGCAAUUUCCUUGGCCAUGCGAGCCAACACUCAGCGAACAAUGUCAAAUGACGUUUCCUAUGCUUUCACCGCGUGGGGUCAGUUCAUCACUCACGACAUCAUUCAAACGCCCGAUGUUCUCGGAUCCGGUGAUGUUCCCUGCGAUUGCAGCGGAACUGCCCCGCAAUGCAAAGAGAUCUCAUUGGAUAACGACCCAGUUAUCACCUUCCCAUGCUUGUUUAUCAUUCGAUCGAGCUCACAACUCGGACAGAGUGGUCAAGGAACCCCUGUUCGUGAACAAAUCAACCAGCUCUCUGCUUAUCUCGAUGCCACAACCGUCUAUGGCUUCACAACUAAGCACAGAAAGCUCUUGACUGCAUCCGAUGGCAUGCACUUGCGAAUGCAGUCCGUCAAAGGCGAACACUUCCUCCCAUCUGUUAACAUGUUCAACGAUAAUGGAAUCAAGGACAAGUUUUCCACCUCCAGCGCUUUGAACGACAAAGGUCACGACGAAUUGGUCGCUGGCGAUACUCGAGUUUUGGAAAACCCACUUCUUUCAUCCCUCCACACUCUUUUCGCUCGACUCCAUAACAACGCUGUCGACCAGCUCCGAGCAAUCAACCCUGGGUGGAACAAAGAGCGAGUGUUCGAAGAGGCAAGAUUGUUUGUCAUUGGUGUCAUGAAAGAAAUCAACUAUUCGGAGCACUUACCACUGAUGGUCGGCAAUCCAGGAAUGGCAGUCAUGAACAACAUUGGCCGAGGAAAGAAAAACAAGAACAAGAAGCGAACCAAUCCCGAUGGUCACGUCCCUCCAUCUCAGGACGAUCCUUCUAUUCGAAACGAAUUCGCCGCUGCAGCCUAUCGAUUCGGCCACUCAAUGGUCCCCGAUAACUUCAAAUCGGCGAAUACUGACAUGAGCCAGAAGCGAUCAGCAAAGCUCGAAAACAACUUCUUUGACCCAGAUCUUCUCUUCAGAGACGGAGCUGGAGCCUGUCUUCGAGGUAUGGCUUCGAUGGAAGCGGCCAAAGUUGGUGGUCAUUAUGCCGAAGCAACGAAUCACAAGCUUUUCAAGCCAAAUACGCUCAGUCACGGCGUUGAUCUUUUGGCCAUCAAUCUCGCGAGAGGACGAGAACACGGCCUUGGAACUUACAAUGCUCUUCGAGAUUGGUGCAUGAAUCAUGAAGACUACGGAAUUAUGUACAAUGGUCUUCCUUCCAUGCAGAAUGGCUGGAAUAACAUCAGAAACAUGUACAACAACGAUGGUGACAUCGAUCUCUACGUUGGUCUUCUUAUGGAACAGCCGAUGCAAAAUGCUCAAGUUGGACCAACGGCUGGCUGUAUUAUUGUCGACCAAUUUUUGGCCCUUCGAGAUGGUGACAAAUUCCACCACGAAAAUGGAGACGUCUUCUCAUCUGCCCAAUUGAGCACCCUCAAAGGAUGGACCCUUUCCAAGGCUCUCUGCAAUGCUAUGGAAGGCAUGGGGAACAUUCAAGCGAAUAUGUUCAAGAAAUCCGGUACCGGACCAACCAUCAAUUGCAACUCAAGAAACAUGGCCGGCAUGAACUUGGAAGCGUGGAGAGAUGAUUCUGCUCAAAGUGGAGCCCCAGCCGGAAAUGAAGGAGAAGAUGUUUGCCAAGAUCGAUUCGGAAACACUCUCGAUCUCAGUGGCACUGACUGCACUUGCAAGCAGGCUCAGAAAAACAAGUGCCCAGGAAUCUGCCGAGAUCCAAGAAAUAAUGGAGCUGAAGUUGCCGUUCCAGAGGGAUGUACUUGUAAGCAAGCUCUGAAAAACAGGUGUCCACCACCAGCUGGCUUCUGUUUCCACAAGAAACAAAAGUUCAAUUCGAAGCAAUUUGCGGCGAUGGCAAGUCAAACUGCAAACGAGCAGCUAAGAACGCUUGCCCAGGCGUUUGCCACAAUAACGACUUCAAGGAACUCUCCUUACUGCCGCGAAGCCCGAGGGCUGCAAAAAGUGUAA